GAUUACAGUUAGAAAAUGGGUAAGCUUUUGAAGAUUACGUGAAGAACAUGCUUUACCAUAUUUCUUUUCUUUUUAUGGGCAGAGCUUAUCAAGUGGAAUUGUUAUUGUUUAUAGAACAAGGUCUCCAUGAAUUUAGUGAAUGUUACAGUGUAAUAGGCUACUUUCAAAAGCAUAGGAAGUAAUAGACUUGACAUGGCAAUGAUUACAUGGGUAAGGCCCAUUUGGAUGAGUGGAUGUGUUGUGCUUACAUUAUUAGGAAAACUGUCGAGUGACCGAUUUGAUUAAGCUUUGAUGGUGAUGGGUUAAUCACACCAGUUUGACUUUCUGUACGGUCUGCACCAUGCCACACGCUUUCUUUUGAAAACUUUGCUAAACAUAGUCCUAAGAUAAAUUCUAUGUGCCAUUACAGUGUACACAAUCACACAAGAGCAGUUAUAGUAUUUAAGACAAAGUGGAGUUAGACUUUGUCAUGUCAUGUUGUUUUCAGUAAUUUUACCACUUUUUAAAAAUUUCUUGACUGUGGAAGCAUAUGCAGGCGCUUAAAAAAAUGAAGGAAGUGGAAGUAACUCUAAUCAAGUGAGACUGACAGUAGUUGACCGGAAGCAAACAAUAGGUUGCUAAAAAUGCGUAGCUUGCAGUUACUAUAUUGGUCAAGAAUGUGAGCAAAGCACUGUGGGAUAUAUAGUCUGCAAGACACUUGACUUCCUCGUUUCAGUUCGGCAGUCAGGCAAGAUGGGGAUUGCGAGCAUUUCAUUCUGACAACAUGGGCUGCAGACAGAUCUUUUCAGGAGAAAUGUCCUGGUACCAACUGAUGGACAAGGACACGUGAAAGAUUUUCUGCAUUGACAACAUUCUUCAUAAACCUUGAAGACACUAGAUAUAAGGAUGUCAUUUAUAAAGGAGCAAACGUGGCUGAAAGCAGCAGAGGAUCUGGUGAAGACUGACAAGGCUUUUCUGCAGUACUUAAAAGACAUCAACAUCAGUGUUCUUCGGCACUUGAUUGACAGUGAUGUGCUGGAUAAAUCACAGAUACAGAUGAGGCAGUUACUACAAAUGAAUGGGAGAUUCCAUGCAUUGUGGAUCUGCACAGAGGACAAGUGCAAGCAUCUACAGAAACUUAUGAACCAGGGCAGAAUUCUCAGCAGCCACGAUGUGUUCCCAGUUAGUCACAUGGAAACCAUCAAGGAGCUCUACAUGCAAUAUUUCUCGUCCUUCACAAACGUUGUAGUAAUUGGAGGCUUUGACUACAUUUCCAAGAAAACAAGUAACUACUGGAAGGAGAACAUGGGCAGUCUCAGGAAUUUCCUCAAAAGUGCAGAGACGUCUGAGAGUUCAGUGUCAAUCAGUCUCUUCAGAAUCCUACAUGAGUGCUUCAGGGAGCAGAUCAACCAGUAUACCUUCAUACUCACUCUUCUUUCUAAGGAUUUCCAUCAGAUUGCAGAUAACGAACUGAAUGAAUCUCUAAGAGGAUUGAUGGACCUUAAAAUUUACAUCAGUCAGGUUCUAGAUGAAGCUGCUCUCACCAGAGACCUCUGGAAAUCCUUAGGGACGAAACUGACGGAGAUUUUGUGCACUCCUGAACGACGUUUACGAGAGGACAGUAAAAAUAUCCCAAUAUCCUUGUCUGAGAGGUUUGGACAUAGUCGCAUUCUUCUCUGCGAUGAUAUUUUAAUCCAUAUUCAGGGAUCUGACAUUCACUGCUAUGAUCUCACUACACUUUGGAUUGAAGUGAUAACAAAGGACAACAUGGAUACUUGUAGGAAUAUUUUGAAAGUCAUCACUCCUGAAGACCAGUUGACUUUUUAUACUCAGCAACCACAUCAUCAGGCGGUGUGGCACUGGAAAAUCAGUCAGGCUAUUCGCCAGUGUUUGGUCAAGAGCCGAGACUUCCCCUUGUGGGGAAAAGGGAGCAAUGGUCAAAGCCCAGAGAAUCCACCAGCCCAUCGAUUUGCGACAUAUACAUUUAAAAAUGAAGGAAAAUUUAAAAAUGCUGUUUAUGAAGGUGACUGGAAUCAAGGGAAACCACAUGGGAAAGGCACAAUGAAAUGGGAAGAUGGGCGUAACUACUCUGGGGACUUUGAGAGUGGACUCGAACAUGGGUUUGGAGUACUUUUAGUUCGUCUUUUAGAUGCAGGAUACGACUGCUAUAAGUGCCACUGGAGUCAUGGAAAGAAACAGAGAUAUGGAAUUUGUGAGUACAGAAAUAAGACUGUCUACAGGGGUUAUUUCAAGGAUGAUCUCCGGCAUGGGUUUGGAAUUUUGGAAACUUGUCGAGGUGAAAGCAAUUCAUUCAGAUAUGUUGGCAACUGGAUGAAUGACAAGAGACAUGGCUAUGGGGUCAUGGAGAGCACAGAAAGUGGCGAGUUGUACAUUGGCAUGUGGCAGGAUGACCAACGAGAAGGCAGAGGCAUUGUAAUAACACAAUCAGGGCUUUGUUACGAAGGCAUCUUUCAGCAGAACAAACUGACUGGUAAGGGGAUUUUGCUGUCAGAAGAUAAUUCACUUUAUGAAGGGGAAUUUAUGGAAGACCUACAACUUAAAGGAAAGGGAAAAAUUACCUUUCCAGAUGGGAUAAGUAUUGAAGGGACAUUCAGCAACACAUUUGGCAAUGGAAUGCAAGUGCAAGGAGUUAUGAAAACAACUACCGACUCUGACGUGGCUGAUGAAGUGGCUAAUCUGCAGCUGGGUGUCCAUGGUUUGCCUGUUUUGGAGAGAUGGCCUUGUAUCUUUGACCCUUAUGUAGAAUACCUCCACUCUGGCUCCAGUGAUGCAAUGGAGGAGGCCUACCUUGGAUUUCACCUGGAAAGUGGCCGAUCACUAAGAAAUAAAUCCUCUGAGAGACUGGCUUCUCCCAGUGACCAUUCAUGUGUCUCCUGUAGUAGAAAACCAAAAGAAUCACAUAUGAAGAACAGUGACUUCUUAAAAGAUCUCAGACAGCAACAAAGUUUGGAACAGCUUCAACAAUAUUUAGAAAAGUCAUUGCAAUCUUCUCUGCACCCUUUGGGGAAGCUCCUUCAGACUCAAAUCCUAGUCUUCCAGGUAACCUACUCUGGGAUUGGUGCCAACAAGCACUUGCUGAGUAUGGCCCAGAAUGAAGUGAAAUACUACGCAGAGAAGACCACAGAGCUUAUCAUGGAUUAUGUUCCUCAGUUAUUUCACCAGAACUAUGAAUAUGGAGAGUCAAGGAUCGAGAUGAAUAUCUGCUCUCUGGUGUUGAACAUGAUCCUGCCAGCAUUCUACCCAGAGCUCUCCAUGCUUUACAUGCUGUAUCACGACAAGGACAAUGCACUGUACUGGCGAGGUAUCCUGCAUCUGGACCUUCUCUCUGAAAUUAAGCUGCUGGAAUUCCUAGAUGUCCAAAGACACUUAUGGCCGCUGAAGGAUCUUCAUCUGACUUCAAACCAGAGAUAUUCACUUGUUCACGACCAGUGCUUCAUCUCUGCUAUCGAGUGUGUCCAGAAGAUAAGCACAACUGCUGAGCCAUGCAAGAAACUAGAGACCCUUUUCCACACAAUGGGCGAGAUUGAGAAAACAGUGUCUAUGAUCCUGAAGAGAGACUACAAGCUGCCUAUGGAUGACCUCCUUCCUCUCCUCAUCUAUGUGGUGUCCCGAGCAAGGAUCCAGCAUCUGGGGGCUGAGCUGCAUUUCAUUCGGGACAUGAUGGAUUUAGGACUGGAGGGAGGCAUCACUGACUUUCUUCUGACAGCCUUCGAGUCAUGUUACCAGCAUAUACAGAAGCAAGAAAUAAGACAGGGACGAUUUAUGGGCUUCAUUUAAAGAUCACAGUUUGACAUAUUUUUUAUGUAUACCUCAAAUGAAUCAAAAUGUUCAAAUACUCUAUGAACACCUUGGAGCUGGGGGUGUAGUCUAUAUAUUUCAGAGCCAUAAUUCAUUCUUUCAUAUGCAUAUAGAUAGUACUAUUUACGAAAAAUAAGUAAAAACGUUAACGUUUGGUGCUUUUAAGCCAUUGGUGUAAAAGUAUUAUAUGUUUUGUGGUUGCUUUUAUUUUUUUUUUAAACGGUAAAUUAGUUUGUGCAGACCUUAUGGGUUACAGAGAAAUACACACACACAACGCACACAAUGUCUACAACUCUCCCGAGCAGUGUUGCAGCAAACU